AUGCCGCUUCCGCCACUGCCCAAUGGUCGAAAUGGCCCGUCUCCCAAUGGAAACUCGCCCGCGACGCCCAUCUUGACGGCGGCUCAGGUCAUCGGCCUGACCCGCGAGGCAAUGAGACACGCCCUCGAGAACGAGAGUCAGGCCGUCGAUGUUGGCCCCGGCCUCAAGUCGGGUGUGACGAUCGACUUGAGCCGCAAGGGCAUUCAGAAACUUCCUGAAGAGGUGGUUGAUAUAGUCAAGAACGAGCUGGAACGACUCGCCCUAUCACACAACCAGCUUUCCUCUUUGCCAGCCCGCUUUGCCGAGUGCGUGUCGCUUCGAUAUCUCAACAUCAGAGGCAACCAGAUCAAAGAGUUUCCCUUACCUCUUUGCGAGCUCAAAUCCCUCGAAAUCCUCGAUCUCGGCCGUAACCAGCUGCGAGUUUUGCCGCCAGACAUUGCGAAGCUCACCUCUCUCAAGGUUCUCUCGAUCCCGAAGAACCAGAUCCGGGAGCUGCCCGUCUGCUUGGCGGAAAUGGCGUCGCUCCAAGUCCUCAAAUUUGAAGGGAACCCUAUCAGCUUUCCCCCACGGGAUGCGCUGCAAAUACCAUCUUCAAGCCCCUCCAACGAGGGUUCUGGAAGAGAGGGCGAGGUGACGGAAGUGACGAUUACGGCACAUAUCAAGAAAUUCAUGAAGUUGCAUAUCAUCAGCGGUCGUGAUGCCGAGGCAACUGGGGACGAAUCCAGCGAGGACACUAAUACUCCUCGACCGCACCUACGACGCGUGCCAAGCGGUCGAUUCCCUAUCAAGGUGAGCAGUUCCGAUGUGUCGGACAUGCGGACACCUACUAUUGGAUCACGACCACCUCCUCCCAUACCGUCACGAUCACAUUAUCGGGGUCUUUCGCAGCAGAAUACGUCCACCCGUCGUCCGGGUGUCCUGCCUUUAACCAUCGGAAACGUCAGCGAGCGCGGACGCAGCAACUCCGAGACGCUGAUGCACUCGGAGAGAUCAAGUAGCCGCCAGCGUCGCAUGGGCAUACUCGCGAAGAAGGCCACAUCGGACCUGGGCACGCUCGAUGAGGUUGAAGGCAGUAACAGAUUGAGCCACUACCGAGGGCUAAGCCACGGCUCUGCCAUGCAGGGCAGCCAAGCCGUACCAUCCAAGAGCCCAGCAACGCCCACCGACUCUCUUCAGCGGCCAGUUUACGUUCGAAGACUCUCAGUCCUCCCCGAGCGCCGCCGAGAGUCUAAAAUCUUUGACCCUGUAAUUGAAGCUGCCAAAGGCAUUCUCUACUCGGUGUUCCAAAUCCAUCCUAUGAUCCAGAUGCUCAUGACACUAACCAAUGACGGAUCUGCGAAACGCUCAAGCCUUGAAAUUGUAUUUUACAACACUAAUUCUCAUGUUGAGGAAUUGGAGCAGGAAAUUCAGAAGCAUGAUAUGGCCAUGGCAGAAGAGGAAGAGCAGACAUUCGGCGACAAUGCCAAUGUGCACCGCGCCUGCCAGACUCUUGUCGGGGCGUAUGGCCAUGUUUGCACUCUAUUAGCCGACAACAUUGAUACUUUUGUCAAUAAUGGAGAUGCUCGAUAUAUUCGGACGCUCCUGAUGUUGAUUUACAACAGUAUAAUGGAGCUUCGGGUCACACUCUCCUCCGUGUCCACUGAGCACAACAAGCAUCAUCUCUCUGCGAUGGAUGUCCCCGACACCAGCAAUACGAUCAAGCCUUACUUCCGCGAGGCAUCUACUGCUGCCCCUCCGCCUCCACGACCAGCAGCUUUUCGAAAUCGUAGCGAACCCGCCAUACACAACCCAAGCAACCUCAGAGUGGCCACUGACAUACCGGUUCCAUACCAAAACGGAGGUACUCGCACUGCUAGGCUUGCAUCAGCGACGCCCAGAUCCAACGACUCAUUCCAGUCGUUUGGCCGCGAUAUCACCACCGAUUUUUCUGAGGAAGACACGCAGUUCGAUAAAAUAUACCUUGCCCUGCAAAAGUCGACUGAUACUGUCCUGCACAUUCUACCAAAUUUCAACGUUCAGCUGACGGGAGGUAUCCGAAACGCAAUACAGCAGCGGGCCCCAAGUGCCAUGAUACGAGACUGGAAGAAUCUCAUUGCAAUGUGCAAUGACGCUAUCCAGCAGACAGAGAUUCUGAAGCAUCGACUGUCUCUCAUCAAGCUGAAGGAUCCGGGAGUGCGGUCUCACGCCGGAUUCUGGAACCUUUGCAGCAAUUUCAUCUCAGCCUGGACAAAGAUGGCCUCUAAGAUCAAAUCCGAGAUCAAUACCAUCCCCUUGCCGCCUGACACUAGAGCUCGAUUGCGGCCUGUCCAUCAGAGCAUGAAAGAGUUGAGCAUCAUCAUCAUGAACUCUCCCUGGAGCUACAUUUUGAGGCCCGCCGGCGUUGGGCCAGGCAUCCUAUCGCCCACCACGCCGCAAGUUCCAAUCACUCCCCAGAGCGCCGCUCUUGGCCCGGCCAUGCAGGCUACCGUUGCCACGCCACAAACAGGGUCCUUUGCGGCUGUUUUUCAGGGCAACGUCUUUGAUCGCGCAGAUACCCUCAUGGCUAACCCCGGCAUUUCCAUGUCUCGUAACGGGACCAUGUCGAGGGGUCAUUCUGGGUUUAACUCGCUAUCAUCGAUUUCGUCCAUGUCAUCAGAUGGCGUGCCGACUCCGUCCUCAGCUUUUAGUCCUAAUGUUCAGCUAGGACCUGCGCCAUUUCGUCUUAACGGAGGGAAAGUAACCCUUUGA